GUCGACAAUCACUUUAUAAUUGAAUAUUUGAUUUGUAUUUAAGCUGAAAUGUAUUUGACCACAACAUAAUUGAAUAGCAGUCCCACUUUGAUAUAUUAAAAUAUAUAGAUAUUUAUAAAUGACAUAUGCCACGUUUACAAAAUUGAUGUGACUUUCUGUAUAGUUGCCAAGAUCUAUACACAUUUUACCAGGCGAUGGCCUAGCAGUUUAAACGCUUUUCUGAAUUCUUAUGUUUGUCAUUGUUAUGUAAAAAUAACAAUUCAAUCUAAGUGUAAGUAGGUCUAAACGACCAGUUUGAAGCAGUGCUGGUAUAAAGCGACUAAUAAAACAAACAGUCUAAUAUUCCCAUGUGACUUGCAUAGUUAGGUCCAACCAACUUUCUGGGAGUGUACUCUCUUUACCUGUCAGCUUUCUCUCUGCAGUCGAGGUAGGAUAGAAACGGAUAAGCCGUCAAGAUGAGAGCGUUGCAUCUGCUCAUGCUUUCAUUUCUGGUGUCGAAUAUAACAUCGGUAUCAUCAAAUUUACAGGAUGCAAUCGUGGAGUUUGCGUUAGAAAAACUGUUCAAAGAACUAACUCCUAUAUUUACCACGUUUUUUGAAGGGAAUGAUGACGAUCUUCUAUUGCCUUUUGAUCCUAAACGUCUGAAGGCGGAUUUAAGAGAAAACCUCUUCGGGCAGCACAUUGCGUCUGAUGUCGUGCUGAAAGCUGUAACGUCGUUUAUGACCGACAGCAACCCGAACAAACCCCUGGUCCUCUCUUUCCACGGGACUACAGGAACCGGAAAAAACCACGUUUCUACAAUCAUUGCAAGAAACAUUUACAAAAAAGGUGAACAGAGCAAGCAUGUGCACAAAUUUAUAUCGCAGCAUCAUUUCCCUCACAAAGAUCAUUCACAUUCCUACAAUGCACAGUUAAAGCAGUGGAUUCCUGGAAAUGUAUCAAGUUUUGCACGCACUAUGUUCAUAUUUGAUGAGAUGGAUAAGAUGCAUCCACGGCUGAUCGACACCGUCAAGCCUUUUCUAGACUACAACGCCUUCGUAGACGGAGUGUCAUUCAACAAAGCCAUCUUUCUUUUUCUCAGUAAUGCAGGUGGGAAUAUGAUUUUUAACUUGGCUCUGGAUUUCUGGAGGGAAGGCAGAGAUCGGAGUGAGAUCAAGAUGAACAGCAACAAACUGGAGAUUAUGAUCUCUGAAAACAUCAAGAAUGAGAAAAAUGGAUUUCUGCACUCUAGUAUAAUAGAUCAUCAUCUGAUCGAUCACUAUAUUCCUUUCCUUCCUCUGGAGCUGAAGCACGUGCGUCAGUGUGUCUUGGCUGAGAUGCUACAUCUGAACAUGACUCAAGACGUGGACCUGGCAGAUAAAGUGGCCAGAGACAUGCCCUUCUCCCCUAAAGAAGAGAGAAUAUUCGCUGUUAAAGGCUGCAGGAACGUCGGACAGAAGUUGGCCCUCCAUAACGAUGAAUAAAUGAAAGACUAUAGCAGUACUUUUUGCACACUUUUUUUUUUUUU